UCAAAUUUGACAACGUUUGACGAUUUCGCGUUGUGGUUCGUUCGAUGUGUUAAAAUUAUUUAUCACAUCCUAAUGUUCAAUAAAUCUGUUCAUUUGUAGCCGGCCUUCUAAAAGUAGCAAUGGCUAAUCACUAUGAAGUGCCUAAUUGGGCUGGAAAGCCACCGACAGGACUGCACUUGGACGUGUUAAAAGGGGAUAAAUUAAUACAAAAACUGAUGAUUGAUGAGAAGAAGUGUUAUUUGUUUGGUAGAAACCCUCAAAUGAAUGAUUUUUGUAUUGACCAUGCCAGUUGUUCGAGGGUUCAUGCCGCGUUUGUUUACCACAAACAUUUAAACAGAGCUUUCUUGGUUGACUUAGGCAGCACUCAUGGAACAUUUAUUGGACAAAUGCGCUUGGAGGCUAACAAGCCGACACAGCUGCCUAUUGAUUCCAAUUUCCACUUUGGAGCUUCAACAAGAAAUUACAUCAUAAGAGAACGUCCAACUGGCAACUCCAGAGGUAUAAUGGAGGACUUGCCCAACACAGAACAAGAAGGUGCCUUACUCGGUCUGCCUGAAACACAAACUGAAUUAGAUAAUCUAACAGAAUUUAACACAGCACACAACAGAAGAAUAUCCAUGCUGGGUAUAUCCACAGAUGAUGGCAGCGAUGUUAUGAAGCCCCCAACUGGCACAAAAAGAUCAGCGUCAAUGCCGGGCGGUAUCGCCAAGAAACAGAAACGCAACGUCUCCUUCAACGAAGAGGUAGACAUCAUCAACCCUGAGGACAUUGACCCCACUAUCGGCCGGUUCAGGAACUUGGUCAAGUCUACGAUAGUGCCGAAUCCCAAUAGUGCACCAAGGAAAUUGAAACUGCAAAAUUCCGAAGAUAGUCAACACCACCACUCACUAAGGCUGCAGGAGAUAUCAAGAGGCAACAAUUUGUACUCCGACCUGCCUGCACCCAGCUCACACUUAAGUCUCAUUGGAGCUAGAUUGGGGCUGUCGCUACCAAACCCCGCGCCCGACGUGGAGCUCGAAGGUCCGGAGCCACACCUCAACAUCCAUCCACCUCUACCGCAUACAGCUCCCGAAGAAGCGGGUCCAUCAAGCGAGCCUCGCAAGAAGAAGUACGCCAAAGAAGCAUGGCCGGGUAGAAAACCCGGUCUUAUUCCCGGCGUAUGAGACUUACACUAAGCGUCUUGCCCCACUGGUGGCCACUUGGUCAGGUUUGGUUCAUUACCUUCUAGAAUAUCAAAUCAUUUAGAAGAAAGAAGUUUAUAAGCCAAUAUUCUUCUGCCAAUACGGUAGUUUCCAACUAGUCAAAUUCAAUACUUUUAUACAAAUGUCAAAAACGAUACUUUUCUUUGAAAUUAGUAUAAAAAACUGAGUUAUGACGUCGUAGUAUUUUUGCGUCAAAUAGCUUACUUAUUACUUAAUAAUUAGCUAAAAAAUAUCUAAAACUUAGUGUAUCGAUCGAUCGAUGAAAAAAAGUAUAGUUAAUUUUCAAUAUUUUAUUGCAUUGAAACGUCGAAUUAAUUUAUUUAUUUUGAUGUUUCAUAUCUAAACUUUUUAUAUCAAAUCUGAUAUUAUUAUUUAGUUGGCUUAUAUACUUUUUUCAACGCCACCAGUGAGAUAUGACACUUAUUACGUUUGUAGUAACGUAGGUAAUGCAGUGUUUCCUAUUGUCUGAUCGUCAAUAUACAAAAUGCAAUAGAAAGGUUUAUUAGUCAUACAGCACGACAAUUCUCAGUUAUAAGCUUUCUUCCUAAUUUAGAAAAUAAAAUUAAAUAAUUAUUUAUUCAAUAUAAACUUAUAUAAAAAAAGGUCUAAUGAGCACUAAAAAGUACAAGACAGUUUUUAUUAUUUUUAUUUCAUAUGGCUACACCUUUCUGUUACACUUUGUAUAAAAAGUACAGUCGACGCCAAAAGCAUGUUGAGUAUUUAAAAAAAAUUGCCAAAAAUAUAAUUUGGUGUUGGAAUUAGAUUGCUUAUGCUUGUCUAUUAUAAUGUCAUUUGUAAAAUAUGUAGAAAAAUAUAUUUAGCGCAACGAUGAUGUCAAUUAAACUUGUUAUUAUUAGAUGAAAUUGAAAUCCAAAUAGUUCGCUAGUACAAAAUUUGUUGACGUGAUGUUGGACGGGUCUAACUAGUUUUCAUCAGUAUAUGAAGUGAGAUAUUUUUACAAAUCGACACCUCCUAAGUAGAACUAAGUAACUGACAAAUGCAAAUUUUAUAGGACAGCGAGUUGAAGAUUUCAUUUUUUUUAAAUCGCCAUAGCUAAGCCCCUAUAUGGAAUUAAAGUAUAAUAUUUGGUGAGCGGGUUUAAAAUUAAGUGAAAUUUAUAAUUAAGAGUAUAUUUUGUUUCUAUAUCUUCAAGUUUUUGUUUUAUCACACAUGCAUACUUUUACUGCGUUGUAAAAAACAAUCAAAAUAUGCUAACUGGCACAUACAUAUUUCUUCAUUGGAAUAUUCAGGUACCUUAUUGCUUUAACUGCCAGAUACGGACUUAUAAUUGGUAAAGUCAAUAGAAAUAUCCUGUGUAACUGAUACUUACAUAUUUUACCGCCGUAAUUAUGUUAUUAUGCAUACAAGUGUAACUGAAUUCCAAACUUGUAAAAACAUCAUUUGUGUUUUGGUAUUUUGAAAUAAAAGCAGUGGAUAUAUUUGUAUUAUCUUAAUGUUUAUUUUCAAAACACAAAAAUAAAAAUUUCAACCGUUUCACGUGUCAAAAAGUAACAUUUUUAUUAAUUAUAUGUUGCAUGUUUAUAACACCGAAGAUCUAAUGUAACAUUAAUUAAAAAUUAAUGGCAUCUACCUACCUACUGGUAAUCAGACUUUUCUCUUUUGUUUUAUUAGGUAUAAGUUCUUACUGAACUGGAAAUCACUUAUAAAAAAUAUUCAUAAACUUUAUAAAAAUUGCCUUAAAGGCAUUCGUAAAAAUUUCGUAAAAAGUAUGGGGUUUGUCUCAAAAUAAAUUCUCAAAAUAACGUAAUGUUAAUUCUAAAUAGAAUGAGUAUAAAAUUAUUACUUAACAAUUACCUAUAUAAAUCAGUCGUUUCAUAAAGCUAUUUGGACAUUCUUGUACUGAGAUCAAAUUUAAUAUUAUAUUACUGAACUAUCAUUGUUUACUUAUAAUAAUUUUAACAAGGUUUUAUUCUAUAUUGUGCUUAUUGAGUAAUAAAAUUGCACGUUUUAAUUUAUCAUUUUAGACUUAUGACCACAACAGUCAUCAACUAAUCAGUAAAGAGAUCACAAGAUGACUCUUCAUUCCUCUUCUUCGUCUUCUUCAUCUUCAUUGUCAUGCUGGUUGUCAUUGCUGCCCUCUAUCAAACUCAUGUAAAAGUCAUGAUAAACAGAUGGUAUAAUAUUAUUUCGGCAUAAGUACUUCAAAUCCUGAAGUUUAGCCUCGGGUAUUGGUAAUUUCCCCUCGUAAGCUUGGGUCAAUGUUCUUGCUAGAGGGGCUGGAAGUGGACUGUUGUCUAAUCUUAUGCGGUUCCUUGAUCUGGUUUUGGGAGUCUCUAGUGCAUUAUUUACAAUAAUGCAUUUGAACUCAUGGUCACAAAAAUCUGUUUUAUAUUGUAUCCUGUCAGAGAAUUGAGGCCAUAUUUCUAACUGUCUUAGUUGAGACCAGAAAACUCGUUCUCUGUUUGUAUUUAUAGUCCAGUUGCAUCCAGGGAGCAGUGCUUUGAAAUUCAUAAAAUUUGAAGUAGUCAUUUCCUGGACUAAGUAAGGGUUUCCAUCUUGUUUGGCCCACCUUAUGAGGGCAUACCAUUGCUCGGGGGUGUACACCAUUUUAUUCUUGGCAGUUCUCUCGAUAAGGGCGUGUACACUAUCACCCUCAUUUUGUGUGUGGCCUUUCUCAAAAUAUUUAUGAGUUAUAGUGACUUCAAAAUCUUUUGCAGCUCUUAAAUAGGCUGCAAAAACGAUACGAUUGCGGUUUUGUCCCCCGCAAUUGUCGGACCAAAAGUUGAAUGUUUUUAUGCCUUUUUGGUAAUGUUCUUUCAUAUAAUCAUAUAAACAGCUACUCACCUCGUUUGCUCCUCGGCUUGCAGUGCUUUCAUCCCAAACAUAGCACUUGGCAACUUUGCUUCCCAUUUCGUAUAUUGUAAAAUUGAAUACAGUUAGCUUUCUCUUAUAAUAAAGAAUACUAGUUUCUCCACAGGGCAUUCCAUGCACUUUUUGAAAAUCAUAUACCGCUGUGAGUACUUCUUUUGAUUUCAUAGUGCUUUCUUUAUCUUUGUUCUUUAGCUCUCGCGCUAUAGUCUUGUUUCUCAUGUGGGUAUUGUAUGUGUUAAGCUGCUCUUCAGUCACAGGACGUGGUAAGUUUUUAUACACUUGACAAACAUCACACUGAUCUUUUUUGGGGACAUGGAACCCCAAAUUUAUAUUCUUAUUGACAAUGUCUCGGUAUUGUCUUGCUGUUUUAACUUUACUUUGAUUUUUAGGAUCAUUCCAAUCUUUAUACAGCAGAAACAUUCGAGCAAAUGUAAGAGAUCCAUCUAAGUAUACUUUAUUCGUACGUUUUCGAACAUAAUGCGAUUCCACAGGUGCAAAGCUGUUCACAUGAUCACAAACACUUGCAAUCAUCUCUUCAGUAAUUUUCUUAGUAUGUCUAUGGAUACCUCUUUUAUCGUGGACAACAGUGCCUUGCAAUGAAAGCUUUUUCAAAGCAGAAUAUACCAGGCCUUGUUUGAUCCCAAAAGUGUUCAAAAACAUGGUUUUACAGACCUGUAUCUUCGUUAUCUGUGGCUUUGGAGACACUGAAUCAGUCUCAUGUACCUCAUGAUCUAUUUUUGUUGGUAAAUAAUAGCGCAAAGUAAAUUCUCUUCUAGAGGCAGUUUCAGUAGUAACUCUACGUUUUGGAAUUUUAUCACAGUACUUAUUGAUAAAAUCCCAAUGACGAACUAUAUCUCCCAUUGACCAAAAUGCCACAAAAAGCAAAUCUCUGUCAACAUUAGUGAUUUUUUGUGAACAUUUAAACUUACAUUUCUCUCCACAACAUGGCCCCAUCUCUUUCUUUUUCCUCAUUUUACCAUUCCUACUUUUGUACGCAUUUCCUAAAUUUUUAUUUUUCUUCCGCAUAACAUCCAACCAUUGGUCUUGAUGGACCAUUCGUAAUCUACCUUUAUCUUUUUUUCUUGUGGAUAGCCUGCGCCUCGGUGAUGGUUCAAUGUCAGAAAGAGCGUUGUCUGUAAUCGGGGUUUGUAUUGGCAUAGGUGAGCUAACUGGCAUGACAACGUUUGGCGUAGGAGCUGGUGAUAUAUCACAAUCUAACUGAGCAAUUGCUUGAGCUAUGACUGACGAGAAAUUUGGCGACUCAAUAGAAAUAUCAUUUCGAAUACCUGAACUGACCAUGCUCAUCAUGGGUGAUUGGGGCGUUAUAGUUGCCAAUAUGGGGUCAUGAGAGUUACUUGGCAAAAUCACUGAAGCUGUAUGUGUGACGGUUGGGGCAUGUGUUCUGGUACAUUCUGAGGGUUUAAUAUGGUUUUGUGCAGCACUUGUUUCUUCGUCACUAUUUUCUAUAAAUUCCGUCAUUUGUUGCAAGUCUUCAUUAGUGAAAUAUUUUGAGAAGUGUACUGGAGUAUCUGAAACAAUCAAACCACAAUAAAACACUCGAUUUUCUACAAUAAUCAACAUCAUUUCAUAAAAGUAAAACUAUGUAAGUAUACAGAUAGGUAUUAAUAAUCAAGUUAAAAUCCAAUGUAAAACAAUAUAUGUGUUAGUUAACUGAUUUCAUUUUAAACACAUUCCGUAGAAUAAGUAGGUAAGUGCCUAGAUACAUUUUUCAAUCAAACUAAAUUCCGACGUAAAAAUGUGUAACUGCGUAGUUACAUACUUUUGCAUCGGGAAUGAAUAAAUUGCAGUAAUGUCGUCAUGGCGAUAGUUUUUCAUUCUAAGACGUGUUCAAAUAUUUACAGUAUAGGUAGAAAUCUCAAUUUAUGGGUGCACUUAAAAUAUAUAGUUUAAUAAUUAUAAAAUAUUUAGUUAAUAUUACUUACCUUGCCUUGAUGGCGAGUCUAUCUGGUCUGAUGUUACGCUUAUUAUUUGGUCCACAGCAUUUUUUUGGCUUUUAAUUGCAUCUUCCCUUAAUGUAGUUAAAAAUUUAUAACGUUCACUCGACAUGGUAAGAAACAACGCAACACUCGCGCGCACAACUCGCUGCCCGCCGGAGAACUGAGUGACCGGCAGUUACCCGCACCGCGCGCCCUUUUCCCCCCGCGUCAAAGUAUGUAACUGGAACUUAUACGGUUGUACGCUGUGUUUAUUUGUCACCAUAUGCAGAUAAACAAUUAUACGUUUGAGAAAAAAGUAUGUUGGGGUAGUUGAAAAAAUAAAAUAAAAAUAUAUGUGGUAAAUAUAGGUAUGUAGAUGCCAAAAAUGCAAUAAAAACUGUUUCGUGUAUCUGGCAGAUACAUACGUAUACUUAGCGGGUGUCGAAAUAGUAAAUAUCUAGUACCUUUUUGAAAAUCAAAUGACUACUCCUGCCUUGGGUGAAGCAGUGGCAUACUCACUAAAAGCCACUCCAUUCCGAUUUUUGACUUAAAAACGACUUUACAACUAGUCAAAUUCAAUACUUUUAUCCAAAUGUCAAAAACGAUACUUAUCUUUGAAAUUUGUAUGAAAAAGUGAGUCAUGACGACAUAGUAUUUUGGCGGCAAAUAGCUUACCUAUUUCUUAAUAAUUAGCCAAAAAUAUCUAAAACUUAGUGUAUCGAUCGAUCGAUGAAUAAAAGUACAGUUAUUUUUAAACAUUUUAUUGUAUUAAACGUCGAAUUAAUUUAUUUUUGACCUAGGAAACUACCAAUUCCUGAUACCUACUUAUCAUAUAAGUCAUUUCUCUGCGAUCAUGUCAAAAUCUCAUCAUUUAAUGGCAG